AUAUUCGUCGAAAAAUAGGAAGUAGAGGAAAUAGUAAGAGUUUUUCUGAGAAGAUUUUUAAAAUAUUCAGACGUGAUCCAAGUUAUACGUGUAUUGCAACUCCUCAAUAAGUAUUACAGCCAUUGGCUGUCAGUAUAAGACUUUCAUCUGAGCAGAUCUYGCGAAGUUUAGACCAGUGGAUUGUGUUUUAGAAUAUGGACGAAUUCGACUCUCCACAAAUGCCUGUACAAMACUCUGACAAAGUUCCUAAUUUAGAGGAACUUCAGCGUCAAACCUGUCAGCUAUUUGAAGAAUUUCUACUUCUAGAGGAUUCUUAUUGUUCAAUACUAGACGAACCUUUGCCUGCAUCGUACGAUAUAAACAAAGAGGAAGCUGACUCGCCCGUCGAAAAAUUUUACAAGCUAAAGACCGAGCCCAGCAGAGCAAGAGGGAUUGUCCACUGUUCAUCUUCUCUUGAUGAUGAUGUUGUUCCUGAUUCAAUGGGACCUUUGGAACUGCCGGCACCUAACCAAAUGCCGAAACCUGUGAGGCUUCCAGUUGAACAAGACGAAACAGAAGAAACUAAAAAGGACAACAAGAUGAAAACACUUGCUUGUGAGCUAGCAAAGGCAGGCGAUGCACUGGUCAUACAGUAUGGAUCUAACGUUCAGUAUGCAGAAGGGCAACUUAUACAGUUGGUGAAGCAAGAAGCUACCAACCUGACCUAUGAAAGGUUUUCAACAGCAAUUGAUAACCUUGUUGGAGAGGACAAAAACUGGACCAAUUUUGUCUUUGCCUUUUGUGUUGGAAGAAGAAUAUGCAAGCAUUCCAGAGAGGUGUUUAGUUAUACAAAAGAUUACUUUGAACAAUAUGUGCAGUCAUACAGUGCAACAAUACAAGAGACUGGUGACAUUGAAAAAUUUGUAUGUCAGCAGGGAAAGCCUAUGCCACAGUAAUUAUCAAAUUAUUGAUAUCACCAAGGAAAAUAAUAGCCUGAAUCAAAGGACUCCAGACAGACACAGACAAACAACACCUUUGUACUAUUCUUAAUUUAUGAGAGAAUUCAAAGCGGUACACAGAGUCCAUGUAAGGUAAUUUAGAAAAUAUCUAUACCUCUCUAAAAGAAUUGGCAUAAGUAAUUUCAUUCCCAUUGAGUUUCUAGGCAGACAGUCAUGUAUUAKUGUGUUUUUUUAGAUAAAAUACCAAAUAAUGUACUAAAGAUCAAUCUCCCCAAUAAUGCUGAUAAUAAUAAUGAUAAUAAUAAUAAUAAUAGUGGUGGUGAUGAUAAUAAAUAUCAUAAUGCAAAUACCGUCGUUAUCGCCUAAGCGUCAACACCCGACACUAAAACCCGACUUCUAAUGUUUCGGCAACCAAUGAGAACAUGUCUUAGUGUUGGGUGUUGACGCUUAGGCAAUAACGACGGUAAUAAUAAUGAUUAUUAAAGUAAAAUAAUAAUGAUAAUUAGUGCCAUUUGCACUGACAGGGCAUGUGACCCUACCCCUUUUAAAUUACAAAGUCUUGUCAAAAUGAACACAUUCUGUCACAUAUUUUAAGCUUAAACUUUGUCUUCCUACUAAUGCUGAAGUGCUUUUUUCAUUUCUGUUGUUCAUUUGGACACAACUGGUUGAUUUAUUGGGGAAGGCUCGAGUACCCUGUUAGUCAAGUGCAAAUGGCCAGUUGUGAAGCUCAAACAAUACCUAAUCAAUUCACACUGGAUUUUAUGGAUAUUUGACAUAUCAAAUCAAUUUUUUUCCAAAAGAAUCUAAAGCAUAUAGCACUACUUGUUUCUUACUUAUCUUUGAAGCUGUGGCUUCUAAUUCCAUACAUUAAUCAGGAGGAGAUCCAGGGGGUGUCCUACAUUGUACURCACCUUUUCUAAUGCCGUAAUUACUCUUACACAUAUUUGAAGCAAAAAAAACUAUCUACAAUACAUAAUCUCUUUAUUCAUUUCUUCAUUUGGGACACUUUCCUAAUAAAUGUUUGGAUCUGCCACUAUUAAUUAUAUUUACUACCAGUAUAGAUAAAGAAAGAAAUAAGUUGUAAAACUGCUUGGACAUGUGGAUAUGAGUGCCACUAUAUUAAUAAAGAAAUUAUUUUUAUUGUGCUACUAAAGGAAUCUGGAAGGUUGAUAGAUACUGGAUUCAGUCCUGGACCUGGAACUAAUCCUGUAUUCAAUUGAAUUCUGGGUUCUGUGUUUUGAAUUUUGAAUAUCUAGUGCUUAAACUUUUGAAUUCUAAAUAGACCUUGAAGCUUGAAAAUAAGGUUUUCCUUAUCAGACCACAUGACAUUAUGAGAUUUGUUUUGGUUGCAUCACUUAUGUGCAACCAUUAAGCAAAGAAAUGAUACUCAAGGGAAUGAUGUGUGGUAUUAACUAGGAAACAUUACUAAGUAUAACAUUGUGUGCAAAUGAGGCAAGUGUGUCUCUUCUAUGCUGUCAGCCCGUGUUUCCAGUGGCUGUAGCUACAAAAUUAUCGUGGACCAUAUUUAAGAAAUCUUUUACCAGGAAUAGCGCCAUUACGUCAUAGCUAUUUUGGUCUUCACUGUAUCACAUCAGCUCCAAUUUGGCUUUGACAGAAGCGUAACGCUUUUGCAACGACAUCACAUAAUAGUAACAGCGAUUUUUUUAUAGCACUCGCGGAAUUGCCAGUACGAUUUGUCUUCGCGGGAAAAAAAAGAUUUUGGUGCGCGUUAAUCCAAGAGUUUCAAUGGUAUUGUAGGAAAACAUGAAGUUUUCAAGUAUGUCAUGGAAAAGCCUUGAUUGACGCACACCAMGACGCGCGUAUUUUUUUCCCAAGCAAAGUAAAUAUUUUGAUGCUGCUUGCAGAACCCGAAGCAAAUGUUGCGCACAAGACGCCCAGUCUAUUUUCGCCUGACAUUGUAGUCUUUGUAGUUUGAAUACACAAUUUCUAUACGGUUCUCCACUGUUCUAUCGCUAUAUUUUGCUAGCAAUGUAAUCAGUCUGUCUUCUGUGAUGUCAUGUAAAAUAUUGCAUCAAUAAAAUGAAAAUAUGAUGUAUCAA